UUCGUUUUAAUAAAAUCUUUUCAUUAUCACUAUUUAUAUAUAAUAUGGUUGUAGCAAUCGGUUUUGAGGGUUCUGCUAAUAAGCUUGGCGUUGGCAUCAUUAGACAUGAAGAUAAUAAAGUAGAUAUUUUAGCAAAUAUUCGAGAUACAUAUAUUACUCCUCCAGGACAAGGCUUUUUGCCUCGAGAUACAGCACAGCAUCAUCGUGAUUGUAUCUUAAAUGUUACAAAAGAAGCACUAAAGCAAGCUAAUAUUACCAUAAAUGAUAUUGAUGUUAUUUGUUAUACUAAAGGACCUGGAAUGGGAGGCCCAUUAGUUUCUGUUGCACUUGUUGCUCGUACACUUUCUUUAUUAUGGGGAAAACCUUUGGUUGGUGUUAAUCACUGUGUGGGGCAUAUUGAAAUGGGUAGAGAAGUGACAAAAGCAGAUAAUCCUGUUGUACUUUAUGUAAGCGGAGGAAAUACACAAGUUAUUGCUUACUCUCAACAACGAUAUAUGAUUUUUGGAGAAACAUUAGAUAUUGCUAUUGGUAAUUGUCUUGAUCGAUUUGCACGUAUACUCAAUCUAUCCAAUGCACCUAGUCCAGGAUAUAAUAUUGAACAGUAUGCAAAGAGAGGCAAAAAAUUUAUACAUUUACCUUACUCUGUGAAAGGCAUGGACGUGUCAUUUUCUGGUAUUUUAUCUCAUAUUGAAAAAUUAGCCAAGAAAGAAUUACCGAAGGGUGAAAUAACACCAGAAGAUUUAUGUUUUUCACUUCAAGAAACAUUGUUUGCCAUGUUGGUUGAGAUCACUGAACGUGCUAUGGCUCAUGUAGAAUCUAAUCAAGUCUUAUUAGUUGGUGGAGUUGGAUGUAAUGUUCGAUUACAAGAAAUGAUGGGUGAGAUGGCGGCACAAAGAGGAGGCAGUGUUUGUGCAACAGAUGAAAGAUUCUGUAUUGAUAAUGGUAUCAUGAUUGCUCACGCAGGUUUAUUGGCUUAUCGUACUGGAUUUAAAACACCUUUUGAAGAAAGUACAAUUACUCAGCGUUAUAGAACAGACGAGGUACAUAUUGCUUGGAGAGAUUAAGAUGAUGAAACACAUAUAUGUAUAUAAUAAAUAAAGUAAAAAAAAAAAAAAAAAAAAUAAAAAAAAAUACAAAUAAAAACAAAA